AUGUUCCCCAGCCCUGCACUCACGCCCACGCCGUUCUCGGUCAAAGACAUCCUGAACCUGGAGCAACAGCAGCGCAGCCUGGCCGCCGGAGAGCUCUCCGCGCGCCUGGAGGCCACCCUGGCGCCCGCCUCCUGCAUGCUGGCCGCCUUCAAGCCCGAGGCCUACGCGGGGCCUGAGGCGGCCGCGCCGGGCCUCCCGGAGCUGCGCGCAGAGCUGGGCCCUGUGCCUUCGCCCGCCAAAUGCUCGCCUGCCUUCCCCGCCGCCCCCGCCUUCUAUCCGCGUGCCUAUGGAGACCCCGACCCGGUUAAGGACCCUCGAGCCGAUAAGAAAGAGCUGUGCGCGCUGCAGAAGGCGGUGGAGCUGGAGAAGCCAGAGGCAGACAGCGCGGAGCGGCCCCGCGCGCGACGGCGAAGGAAGCCGCGCGUGCUAUUCUCGCAGGCUCAGGUCUACGAACUGGAGAGGCGCUUCAAGCAGCAGCGAUACCUGUCGGCUCCCGAACGCGACCAGUUGGCCAGUGUACUGAAGCUCACGUCCACGCAGGUCAAGAUUUGGUUCCAGAACCGGCGCUACAAGUGCAAGAGGCAGCGGCAGGAUCAGACUCUGGAGCUGGUGGGGCUGCCCCCUCCGCCGCCUCCGCCUGCCCGCCGGAUAGCGGUGCCAGUGCUCGUGCGCGAUGGCAAACCAUGCCUAGGAGACUCUGCGCCCUACGCGCCCGCCUAUGGCGUGGGCCUUAACGCCUACGGCUAUAACGCCUAUUCCGCCUAUCCGGGUUAUGGUGGGGCGGCCUGCAACCCCGGCUACAGCUGCGCCGCUGCUUACCCAGCCGGGCCUCCCCCGGCUCAGCCAGCCACUGCCACAGCCAAUAACAACUUCGUGAACUUCGGCGUCGGGGACUUGAACGCGGUGCAGAGCCCUGGGAUUCCGCAGGGCAACUCGGGAGUGUCCACGCUGCACGGUAUACGAGCCUGGUAG